GGGCCAUCGAGCUGGACCUGAACCGCUUCCCCCGGGGAGCCAAGACGUCCAAGCAGUGCAGCCUGGAGAUGGUGACCAACGAGGCUGAGCUGCCCAUGAUCUCCAUCUUCAAGCAGAAGCGGGUCAAGGGCUGGUGGCCAUUCGUGGCCAGAGAUGAGAACGAUGAGCUGGAGGUCACCGGCAAAGUUGAGGCUGAGCUGCACCUUCUGACAGCGGAGGAAGCUGAGAAAUCCCCUGCUGGGCUGGCUCGGAAUGAGCCUGAUCCCCUGGAGAAACCCAACCGCCCGGACACGUCGUUCAUCUGGUUCCUGAACCCGCUCAAGUCCAUCAAAUACCUCAUCUGCACCCGCUACAAGUGGCUCAUCAUCAAGAUCGUGCUGGCCCUGCUGCUCCUCAUCAUGGUGGCCCUGUUCCUCUACAGCAUGCCCGGAUACAUGGUCAAGAAGCUGCUGGGAGCAUGAAGGGCUGGAGCCUCUCCUGUGUCCCCAGCCCAGUGCACAACCUUACAGCUCCGUGUCCUCCUCCUCCCUGUGACCUCUGGGCAGCCCUGGGGGCAUCUCCUCCCUGCUGCUGCUGCUGCUGGGUCUCCUCUUUGCAUUUCUUCUCUGUGGGUCCCACUCAGGCUUUAGUGCCAGGGAAAUGGGGCGGGAGCAUGGCAAAGAUCCCCAGACUCUGCAUCUCGCACUGGGGCUGGGAGAGGUGCCCAGCUGGCUCCUGUGGGAGUCCCUGAGGCCUCUGCCCAUUGAGGUUGUGGCUGGUGCCUUCCUGGGAAUCAGGAGAAGGAGAGGGGAGCUGGGGCUGUGUCACUGGUGCUGUGGGAGCAUUCUGGAAAGGCUUCUUGGAGGGAUGUUCAGAAUCCGGGAUGGAGCAGGGAGCUGGGAUGGAGCAGCUGGGAUGGAGCAGCUGGGGACAUGCCAGCCCCAGCAGUGAGGGCACAGAGCAUCCCCAGUGCCUGAACCCACUGCCAGCACCAUGCCUGCUCCUCUCAGACCUCUGGAGGUCCCAUUCUCUGGCACAGGGAGCUGUCCCACCUCUGUAGUGCUGAACAUGGUGUCCAGCAGAGUGAGAGGACACAGAGCAUCCCCAGUGCCUGUCCCUGCUCCUCUGGGAACUCUGGAGGUCACAUUCUCUGGCACAGGGAGCUGUCCCACCUCUGUAGUGCUGAACAUGGUGUCCAGCAGAGUGAGAGGGCACAGAGCAUCCCCAGUGCCUGUCCCUGCUCCUCUGGGAACUCUGGAGGUCACAUUCCCUGGCACAGGGAUCUGUCCCACCUCAGGAAGGCUGGACAUGGUGCCCAGCAGAGUGAGAGAGCACAGAGCAUCCCCAGUGCCUGUCCCUGUUGUUGUAGGCUCCUGGCCAGGUAAUAAUGAGCAUUGACUUCAUGAUUGCAGAAUGUUGAUUAAUCGCUUUAUUCUUCUAUACUACAUUAUACUAUACAAUUCUAAGAAACUCAUAACCCUUACAGACAGUCUGAUACAGUUUUGACCUAAUUGGUCAAUCAAUCUAAACACCAUCACCAGUGUUUAAUUGACAAACUACUCUUUGGUAAGCAAUCUCCAUAACACAUUCUGCAUGUAUACAACAACAGGCGUAGCAAAUAGAGAUAAGAAUUGUUUCCCAUUACUUUUUCUGAGCUGUUUCACAGCUUCCCAGGGAAAUCAUGAGAGAAAACUAUGUCCCUGCUCUUCUCAGAGCUCUGGAGGUCACAUUCCCCGGCACAGGGAUCUGUCCCACCUCGGGAAUGCUGGACAUGGUGCCCAGCAGAGUGAGAGGGCACAGAGCAUCCCCAGUGCCUGUCUGUCACUACUGUGUAAGAAAUGACAGACUCACCAGAAGGCUGGUUUGCAUAGCGGCUGCUUUAAUGGGAAAAUUCCCUCUUUUUAUAGACUGUUCCAAUACAUUCAGACCAGAUUGGUCAAUCAAUCAAUACGUUUCACCUGAUUGGCUAAUUAACAAAAGCACCCUUCUUAUAAACAGUCUUUGAGAAAAACAGGAAGGCAGAGAGUAGGAAAACACUAUCUGCAGGUUGUUUAUAAUAACAAGCUGUCAUUGUUUCUCUACAACUCCCUAAAGUCUCACAAGUCCACUGGGAGAAAACUUAGCUGAUUUUCUCGCUUUGCGACCAGGCUGUCACAUCCACACCUGUCCCCAUUGCCAGCACCAUCCCUGCUCCACUCAGAGCUCUGGAGGUCCCAUUCCCUGGCACAGGGAUCUGUCCCACCUUGGGAAUGCUGGACAUGGUGCCCAGCAGUGUGAGAGGGCACAGAGCAUCCCCAGUGCCUGUCCCCACUCCACUUGGAGCUCUGGAGGUCACAUUCCCUGGCAAAGGGAUCUGUCCCACCUUGGGAAUGCUGGACAUGGUGCCCAGCAGGUCCUGCAGAGACCCCUGGGGUGGGCCAGGGGGGCAGACCCUACCCUUUAUCCCCACAGCUCCAGCAGAGACUGGGACAUGUCCCACAGCUCAAACAUCUUCCCAACAUCACCCACCCAGAGGUGGCUGCGGCUGGGCAUCCCCAGGGCUCACAGCUCCUCUGGCACAGUGUGAGCUCCCAGCGUCCUUCUGGAUUCUCCGUGUAUUUUGUUUGUCUUGGUAAUUUUGUGGCUGGAGUCCUUCUGGCCGUGUGUCCUCAGGAAGGGCUCUGUCCUUGGCUCUCCACGAUAUCCAGCUGCUGCAGAGCUGCCUUUCCCAGCUCCCAGCGCACAAGACCCCCACUGAAGAACUGAGGACAUCUCAGACAUCUUUUAAUGAGGAUAUUACUAUUCCAAUCAGUAAUAAAAACCAGUUUCACGUC